CUUGGAAAUGCCAAAUUACACAACCGUUCAGCUACGAGGGGCAGUUCCAGUUUUUGUAUCUUCUUUGGUAUUCAAUGGUGUGAUUUACACCGGCGAUGUUGGUAAAAGCAAAAGGGAGGCUGAACGAUUGGUAGCCCGUGCUGCCAUUCAAUCCCUAUAUGAUGAUAGCAACUCAACAAUAGUUCUUUCGAAGAUAAUCAAGUCUAAGUGGAAACUUUUGCCUGCAUACCGUGAGACUGAGUAUUCAUGUCCAAUUGGAGUGAAUGUGGGAGCUAUUCCUGAGGCAUGCUCAGAGGUACCUACACGGCAUCAUUUGUUCCAAAUACCAAGAGCAGUGGCUGAAGCAUCCUCAUCAGUAGGGAAUCCGUUGAUCUCCUUUGUUCCUUCGAGUGUAGAACAGCAGCCUAGUGCUGCUACGAGUUCUGGUAAAAAACGACGCAAGAACAAGAAAAAGGCCAUCAGAAAACAGUGUUGAUCCUCAGGAACCCACCGCACGGCCGACAGCCGGGGAGUAAACCCUGGGGAGGCACGCAAGAAACCACCACCCACGCACCCUGGGCAAGACAUCACGCAACGCUUCAGCCUCCCUGCUUCGCAGGGGCUUCGAAACUGGGACCUUCUGCGUGGAGUCCAGCAGCCCUCAGAAAAUAUUGUUUGGUGCCAUGGAAGAGAAUUCUUUGCACCAGGUUUCAUUUUUAUUGCCGGGUUACGUUAUAGGCAUCGUUGUUGUCUCCUCAUGGUCAGAGGACUAGGGUCAUUGAGCAAUCAGGGACACUCACAGUUGACAUCGACACAUAAACAGCGACAGGAGUCAUAGAACACAGUUUGGGAUUGGUUUACGGUCCAUAAAUUUUUCAAAACUUACAACUUUUGAUGAACUCGUUAUCAUAGGAAAGCAU